AUGGCUCAGCAUAGUGUUUACUCGGCCAACCAGUUUAUGAAUCCUGGCCCUGCACCCCAGCCUCCCGACAACAGACCGCGUCUCAACCUGACUCCUAACCCGAAUCUCCCAGGCAGCAUGGCGAACAUGGCAAUCUCCCCAAUUCGCAGCACCGCGACCUCUACAUACACCGGCUCUACGAUAUCUCUGCCCAUUGCUCGCCAGCAGACCAAUAUGACAGACGGUAUGGGUGGCGUCGCCGUCCGAAAGGAGGGAUGGGCGUCGAUCAAGGAAAAUAAGAACCUAUUCCAGCCUUGGAAAAACAAGUACUUGAUUCUCCGCAAGGAGGCCAUCGACUUUCACAAGACAGAGGGCGGCAAGGUGGCGUAUAGCCUGCACCUGAAAGACGUCGUCAACGUGGGCAGAGUCGAGGCGGCAGGCACCAUCUUUGAGAUUAAGCGGAGGGCAGACGGAUCAUCCAACAGCCCUGGUGACGAUGAUGGCCAGAACAACAAGGCGCUUCACAUCAAGGUCAAGUCUGAAGACGACUUGUACGAAUGGAUCGACUUCAUAUACGGCGCUUGCCCUGGCAUGGGCGGCGUGAGCAACCCGACCAACUUCGCGCACGCCGUCCACGUCGGAUUUGACCCGCAGACUGGAGAGUUUGUUGGCUUACCGCCGGAAUGGUCCAAGCUGCUCAAUUCUUCGGCUAUCACCAAGGAAGACUAUGAACGUAAUCCUCAGGCCGUUUUCGAAGUCUUGGACUUUUAUACUACUGACCUUGCCAAGAAGUCUGAUGAUCCGUUUGCAAAUGCGCCCCCCGGAGCCAUGCAGAACAAGCCCAUGGGCAUGGGCGGCGGCGGCAAUGGCGUUGCACCUCCUCGCCCGCCUCCUCCCGGCAGCAGCAACUCCCAGUACAGCCCCAAUGGCCAGAGGCGCCCCGGCCCCGGCCAGCAAAUGCAAAACUCAUCGCCAACCUACACGUCAGCAUCCGAUGCCGCAAGAGACGAGCAGAGAAGGCGGCAGCGCGAGCAGGAGGAGCGAGAGCGGCGAGAGAUGGAGGAAUACAACGCGUCUCUUCCCAAGACCAAGGUUCCCAUGGCCCAGCAAGAGAUUGGUGGUGGUGGUGGUGGUUAUGGCGGUGCCGAUCGAUUCAACCCGUCCAGAGCAGCUCCGCCAGCACCCAAGCCUCCUCAGCAGAUUAGUGCUCUGAAGGCCCAACGGCCGGCACCUUCACCACCGACUGCAGGUGCCGGACGACCUCCUGUUGUUCCGCAAUCUGGCUCAGCUCCUCUGCCCAGAGGACCGGCACCGCAGCGCAACGAGAGCCCCAACUCGCGAGCUCCCGCCGCGGCAACCCAGCAGAGACAGCCUCAAGCUCAGCAGCCCCAGGCCGCUCGCAUGCCUGCCCCUGUCAAGCCGCUCAACGUUUCCAAGGUCAACCAGAACCAGGCACCGAGCGAGCCCAAGCCGGCCGAGCCAGCACCGCCCAAGCAGACUCCUGCUGAGCGCAAGCAAGAUGUACGCAUGUCAACCAUGACAGAGAAUGAAGUCAUGGCCAAGUUGAAGGAAGCUGUCUCAAAGGAGGACCCCAACCUCUCCUACUCGAAACAGAAGAAGAUCGGACAGGGUGCCUCUGGCUCGGUAUAUGUUGCCAAGAUCAAAGACACUGCUGUGGGAAUCGCUCGCGACUUCCUCCGCCAACAAGGACCCAGGGCACAAGUUGCCAUUAAGCAGAUGGACCUCGCUCACCAGCCCAGAAAGGAGCUGAUUGUGAACGAGAUCAUGGUCAUGAAGGAUAACCGUCACAAGAACAUUGUCAACUUCCUCGAUGCUUUCCUUCGAAACAACAAUGCUGAGCUUUGGGUGGUUAUGGAGUUUAUGGAAGGCGGUGCCCUGACUGACGUUAUUGAUAACAACCCCUCAAUAACAGAGGAACAGAUUUCCACCAUCUGCCACGAGCAUAUGGCCAAGUAA